AGAAAUGAGAUGAUAUGUUGAACAUUUUCUGUCUCUGUGUCGCUGCCCAAGAGGCGUGACUACCGAGAAACAUAUGAGGAAGAGAACAGCUCGGCCACAUAAUAUCCAGCCCCACUCGGAAUUAAUUGCGGUGCGGGAUUUGCGGAAGACACCACAGAAGAUACACCAGUGUGUCCUCAGUUCUGAGAUCACCAUGGCGACAAUCGUUAUGGAGCGGAUUGGCCGACUCUUCAUUAAUGUGCAGCAGAUGAGGAGAAUUCCCCAGAUGCUCACCGAGACUCAACAAUCCACGGCUAACACCCUGCGUGACACGGAGGUGCCCUGGUUUUUCCGUGAACGCUACAUUCACUCCGGCUACCGGCCGCUCCACCAGAACUGGCGCUACUACUUCCUGUCGCUCUUACAGCGGCACAACGAGACCGUAAACGUUUGGACGCACCUAAUCGGCACACUAAUUGUCCUCGCGAAAACAGCACAGUUUACAGAAACUGUCGAUUUCAUGAACGACCCUCAUUCCUGGCCGCUUCUCAUCCUGCUCUUGACCUCAGCGAGCUACUUGACCUUCAGCACCGUGGCCCACCUGUUUGCGGGGAAAUCUGAACUCUGCCAUUACAGCUUCUUCUACCUGGAUUACCUAGGAGUGGCGCUGUAUCAGUUUGGCAGUGCAGUGGUGCACUACUACUACGCCAUUGAGGAAAGCUGGCACACACUUGUACGAGGUCGUUUCAUGCCUAUUGCUAGCUUCUUGUGUUGCCUGUCUUGCUUCGGCUGCUGUUACGGGAAAUAUCGCAAUUACAGUCUUCCUUCCUGGGUUCGUAAAAUUGGCCAAGUGGUGCCUUCAGCUGUGGCUUACAGUUGGGACACCAGCCCUGUGUUUCAUCGUUUUAUCGUCUGGUUUCUGUCCUGGACGAGGGGCGACUUCAGAAGCAGUCCUGCUCUGCUCUUUCACUUCGGCCAAGUGGUGUUUUUUCUUUCCAGCGCUUUUUUCUUCACUCAUCCCAUUCCUGAGCGCUGGUUCCCAGGUCACUGUGACUUCUUAGGUCAGGGUCAUCAGGUAUUCCACGUACUGAUGGUUUUGUGUACGGUCUGCCAGAUCCAGGCUUCAUAUUUGGACUACCUCAACCGCAGAGACCUCUAUGUGAAACUCCAUGCCAAUGGCGAGGCAUUGUUCUUUGUUGCGCUCUUUAUUUUAACAUUGAUCACCUCUACUCUGAUAGCAUUGUACAUGCUUGCGAAAGUAAAAAGAUUAGUCUGUUCCAAGGAAAAACUUAAGUAAAGAAUAGAAUAGUUUGUCCUGCACCUUAAUGCUGGAUGGUCAGCAUCUGGACACGCUUUCAAGGAGCAUUACAGUUAUGGGCAUUUUGUGAUGAAAAAGUGUAUUCAAGCCCAUGUAGCCGUUAGUUAACAGUAAUUCUGCAUAUUUCUGGAUCAAUAUUCUUGUUGGUCCUUUAACAACAUUCCUAUCAACAAAUUCGAUUUUACAGUGUUCGGGUAGGGAUCAGGUUAUGAGUAUGUUUGCUUUACACGUGCUGUUCAAGGACUGAACUUUAGGUAAACGCUUAAUGCAUUUAACUGAGCAUUUGUGUUAGUAUUCUUGAAUGUAUUUUGAAAGAAGUGCUUUUGUUAAAGUGAUACUAUGAAAAAAGAAGAGGUUUUGAAGAAUGUUGGUAACCAAACAGUUUUGACCAUUGGCUUUUUUUCCACUGAAGAAAGUGCAUCAUACAGGUUUGAAAUGAGAUGAGGGUGAGUUAAUGAAGACAGGGUGAACUAUCCCUUUAAUAUUGGUCUUGUGAUGCACCUUCUGUUACACACCAGCCAGCAAACAUUAAUGAAACCAGAAUACAGUAUUUGAAAAAUAUAUGAAUAUUUAGGUGUUUUCACAGUUUUUUCUUCCCUGAAGUAUGUAAAUUCUAAAUUGCAGAUUUUGUUAUGAAUGCUGUCUUUUUUAAAUGACUGAACACAAUGUUAUAACACCGAUCAUCAUAUUGGUUUUGAGGUGGCGUAAAAAUAACAAUCUAUCUAAAUUUCUCAGUGAUUUUUUAUGACCUAUAAGGAGGGACGGUAUUACCAAUGCAAUCAUGAUCACUGCUGUGCCUUAAUGAGCGUUUUAGUUGAACCUCAAUGAUUCUCAUCACACAUCAUGUGUAACUGAUAACAAACAGUAGUACUAUAUUAUUGAGAUUGGUUGCAUUUGAAUGGACGGUACUGAUUUGUUUUUUUUUUUAUCAUUAUUGGACUUACCAGUUAACAUUAUUGCACAAACCAGUGCCUACUUACAGUAUAAACCAGGGUCAUUUCUCUGGAUAUUAAAGGGAAAGGCAAUGCAGAUGCACAUUUAUGCUUUCACCAGAUCAACAUUUAUAACUGUUGUUCUCUUUUCCUAAGUAUUCUCCUUUGUAGUGUUGCUACGUUUAUCUUUUGUGUAAAAGGGACACCCAGCGAAGUCUGUUCCAAUUCGGAUCCUUCAUUAAAGCACUAAAUAAUGUUCCACAGUGUACAAUUCCUACUGUUUAAAUAGUCUAUGAAUUAGAAUGUAACGAAUAAAAAUUUAAAACCAA